CCCGGGACGCCUGCCGCACCCCAACACCUCAACCAUGGGCCUGGAGCUCUACCUGGACCUGCUGUCCCAGCCCUGCCGCGCCGUCUACAUCUUCGCCAAGAAGAACGGCAUCCCCUUCGAGAUGCGCACGGUGGAGCUGCUCAAAGGCCAGCACCACAGUGAUGCCUUUGCCCAAGUGAACCCCUUAAAGAAGGUUCCGGCCUUGAAGGAUGGAGAUUUUACCCUGGCUGAGAGUGUGGCUAUCCUGUUGUAUCUGAGCCGAAAGUUUGAGACGCCCGAUCACUGGUACCCCCAGGACCUGCAGGCUCGCGCCCGUGUGGAUGAGUACCUGGCGUGGCAGCAUACGACUCUGCGGACUAGCUGCACUCGUGCCCUGUGGCAGAAGAUGAUUAUCCCCAAGUUCGUGGGCCAGCCAGUACCUCCUGAGGUCUUGGCAUCCACUCUGACUGAGCUGGACAGGUGCCUGCAGCUUCUGGAGGACAAGUUCCUGAAGGAUCAGGCCUUUCUUGCUGGGCCCCAAAUCUCUAUAGCUGACCUGGUAGCCAUCACAGAGCUGAUGCAUCCCGUCAGCGUUGGCUGCCAACUGUUCAAGAGCCGCCCCAAGCUGGAUGCGUGGCGCCAGCGCGUGGAGGCCGCGGUGGGGGAGAGCCUCUUCCAGGAGGCGCACGCUGCCAUCAUGAAGAUCAAGGACCUUCCUCCAGCAGACGCUGAUGUAAAGGAGAAACUGAAGCCUUUGCUGCAGGUCUUUCUGCGCUGAGGGGCCAGGCUGGACCUGGAGAGUCACCAUCAGUGGCCACGACAGAGACUCUGACAUUCCAGUGGUCAGCUGGAACUGACCUCCCCGACAGUGACCACGUUCCUGCACGCAGGCCACAAGCAUCUGUC